GAACCACCUCGACCUUGCCCAAUCUUCCAAUUCUUUCCUAAAUCUUCCCUUUUCUGUUCAGCAAGGAAACCAAAUGAUGAGUAGCACAUCCUUUAAGGUUGCCGUGUUGGGAAGUGGAAUUUCAGGAGCCGUAUGUGCUUCAACUCUUGCCAGAAAUGGGGUUUCUGUUACUCUCUUUGAGUCAGCUAGAGGCCCUGGUGGACGCAUGUCCCAAAGAAGGGAGAAAACUGAAGAUGGGCAGGAGCUGCAUUUUGACCAUGGUGCUCCAUUUUUCUCCGUUGGCAAGUCUGAAGUGUUACGACUGGUUGAAGAGUGGGUAUCAAGGGGUCUUGUAGCUGAAUGGAACGAAAAGUUUGGCUUCUUUGAUUUUCACACCCAUAAAUUUAAAAACAUAGAGCAGGAAGGAUUAAGCAAGAGAUAUGUAGGUGUUCCAGGCAUGAAUGCUAUCUGCAAAUCAUUGGGAAGUGAGAAUGGUGUGGAAAGCAAGUUUGGUGUGGGUAUUGGAAGGAUUGAAUGGUUGCAUGAUGAUAAAGAGUGGUCAUUGACAGGAGUGAAUGGGCAAAAUCUUGGUCAGUUUAAGGGGCUUGUUGCAUCAGACAAGAACAUAGUUUCUCCCCGGAUUACACAAGUAACAGGACGGCUGCCACUACUUGAUACAAAUUUAGUGCCAGAGUUGUCAGAAAAGCUGCUCAACCUUCCUGUUAAGCCAUGUUUCAUUGUUAUGCUGGCAUUUGCAGAGCCUCUAUCAACAAUUCCAGUCAAAGCAUUUUCUUUUGAAAAUUCUAAAGUUUUAAGUCGGGCUUAUUGUGAUAGCAGCAAGCCUAGCCGUUCUACUGCAAGUGAAAGAUGGGUUCUUCAUUCUACACCAGAAUACGCUGAGGAUGUAAUUGCUCUAACUGGACUUAACAAGCCCUCAGACAUUACACUCAACAAAGUGGCUGAACAGCUUUUGCAAGAAUUUCAAAGUACAGGGCUUAUCAAAUCUCCACCAUUUUUCAAGAAAGCUCAUAGAUGGGGGAGUGCAUUUCCAGCUGCUAGUAUUGCCCCAGAAGAAAAAUGUCUUUGGGAUAGAAACAAGAGACUAGCCAUCUGUGGAGACUUCUGUGUCAGUCCUAAUGUUGAAGGCGCCAUAGAUAGUGGUUUGGCAGCUGCAUUAAAGCUUACAGAUAGUGUCAGCUCUUUAUAGUUGGAGCUUUUGUUAUCUUAAGUCCUUCUUUGGGAUUGUGUUUCUGGGAAAAUUCAUGUUCAAAAUUUGUUUUAAGACAUCAUUGUAUUCUAAGCAUAAUAAGGUAAGGCAUCUGUCAUGUGCACUAACUAGAUGAUGGCUACAUCAACUA